GACCUCGAGUAUUUCUCGCAGGCAGGGUUUGACAUGGACAGGAUCCAGCUCAAGCGCAAUGCGCCUGUAGCUCAGCUAUACGAAGAUGCCAUCCGCAAUGAAGGCGCGAUCAUCUCCUCUUCUGGCGCACUCAUCAACUUCUCAGGCAAGAAGACCGGUAGAAGUCCCAAAGACAAGCGAAUUGUCUUCGAGGAGACCAGUAAGGACGAUAUAUGGUGGGGCUCUGUGAAUAUCAAGAUGGACGAGCACACGUUCGAAAUCAACCGCGAGCGUGCUAUCGAUUAUUUGAAUACGCGUGACAAUGUUUAUGUAUUCGAUGGUUUUGCUGGUUGGGAUCCCAAAUAUCGCAUCAAGGUCCGGGUCAUCUGUGCUCGUGCUUAUCAUGCUCUGUUCAUGAACAAUAUGUUAAUCCGUCCGACCGAGGAAGAGCUCGCAAGUUUUGGAGAGCCUGACUUCAUCAUCUACAAUGCUGGUCAAUUCCCUGCGAACCGCUUCACUAAGGGCAUGUCGUCUACUACCUCGGUGGAGAUUAACUUCAAGCGUAUGGAAAUGGUUAUCCUCGGCACUGAGUAUGCCGGAGAGAUGAAGAAGGGUGUCUUCUCAGUCAUGCACUACCUUCAGCCCGUGAAGUUUGGCCAACUCUCCCUCCACUCAUCUGCCAAUGUCGGAAUGGAGAAGGGCGAUGUCACUCUGUUUUUCGGUCUCUCUGGAACUGGAAAGACGACUCUCUCCGCUGACCCUAACCGCCUUCUUAUCGGUGAUGAUGAACACGUGUGGUCAGAUACAGGGGUAUUCAACAUCGAAGGAGGAUGCUAUGCCAAGUGCAUCAAUCUGUCGCAGGAGAAGGAGCCAGAGAUUUACAAUGCCAUUCGCUUCGGUUCCAUUCUGGAGAACGUCGUGUAUAACCCUGUAACGCGCAUGCCAGAUUACGACGAUGUUGCCAUCACGGAAAACACGCGCUGCGCAUACCCGAUUGAAUACAUUCCAAACGCCAAGAUACCAUGCAUGGCGGACAGACAACCGAGCAACAUUAUUAUGUUGACGUGCGAUGCCUUCGGCGUCCUCCCACCUGUCAGUAAACUUUCCCCCGAUCAAGCAAGUUACCACUUCCUUGCUGGUUACACCUCUAAAACACCUGGCACGGAAGAUGGCGUCCUCGAGCCGAUCCCGACAUUCUCGACCUGUUACAGUGCGCCUUUCAUCGUGUUACAUCCUGGACGCUACGCAGAAAUGCUGGCUGAGCGCAUGUCCAAACACAACGUUUCCUGCUGGUUAAUCAACACAGGCUGGACAGGCGGCAAGUUCGGCACUGGGAAGCGCUGCCCACUGAAGUACACCCGUCGCAUCGUUGAUGCAGUACACUCUGGGGAGCUUCUCAACAGUCAAUACGAGACAUUCGGCGUCUUCGGGCUCCAGAUUCCUACCGAAGUGGAGGAUGUGCCACGUGAAGUACUUAACCCGUCUUUGGCUUGGACAGACAAGGAGGCUUUUGAGCACGAGGUUCGCAAGCUCGCGGGCAUGUUCCAGAAGGCGUUCAAAUUGUACGAGGGUGACGUACAAGAGAGCGUGAGGUUGGCGGGUCCACGGGUAGAUUAGAGUUGGGUUUCCCCUCAUUAUGAUUUAAUAUAUUCAAGGCGGCUUCAAUAUUAAUGAUACGCCGCUGUCUAGAUCAAAAUUAAACUGUACUUAGAUUUACUGUAUACUUCGUCAUGUAUACCUAGCGAAAUAAAUACCUGUGAUUCUAGGCUAAU